UGUGCCCUUGGUACCAUAAAUUUAAUACUCCCUCCGUCCCAAAAAGUUUUUCUCGUUUCAUUUUUUGCGCAUCUCAUAAAACACUUCUACCGGCAUCUAAAAUGUAUAACAUUUCUUCUUUAUAGUGGGUAGAAGUUAUUUUGAAAGUUUUUGUGGCAUUCAAGGCAGGAUAGAAGUGUUUUAUGGGAUGCGCAAAAAAUAAAACAGGAAAGACUUUUUGGGACGGAGGGAGUAUGUGUUUAAAUUGAAACAAGUAAAUUCACUUUAUAAUUUCUCAUAUUGGUGAAGGCUUCUCAUCCUUCCACUACAAAACACAAAAUCAUAACCACACAUAUCCUACAAUAAUCAUCUUCAACAAACCACAAGUUUGUGUCAUGCAUGUGUGAAGCUAAGGAUCACAAGGCAAGAGAGAGGGGAGGGAAAGGGAGGGCGGGAGAACAUUCAUUUUUCACCUCAAUCUUCUUAUUCUUAAUAAUUGUUGUUGAUCUUUCUUCAUAUAUCCUCCUCCCCUCCAAGAGAGAGAUGGGAAGUAUUAUUCAAUGUGAUCAAAUAAAAGAACUGAAGGAUAUCUUCACGCGAUUUGAUUUGGAUAGAGACGGGAGCCUGACGCAAUUAGAACUCGCCGCCCUCCUCCGUUCAAUUGGCCUGAAGUCAAGUAAUAAUGGUGAUCAAAUACAUGCCUUGUCCGCCCACAUUGAUGCCAAUGGUAAUGGCUCCAUUGAGUUUGAGGAGCUUGUUCGUGCUAUUCUUCCCGACCUUAACAAACAAGUGUUGAUCAACAAGGAACAACUCAUGGAAGUUUUUCAGUCUUUUGAUAAAGAUGGUAGCGGUUACAUCACUGCCGCCGAGCUGGCUGGUCAUAUGGCAAAAAUGGGACAACCACUAACAUACCGUGAACUAACAGAGAUGAUGCGGGAGGGAGACAUGAACGGAGACGGUGUCAUAAGCUUCAAUGAGUUUGCCAACAUUUUAGGCAAAUCUGCAUCUGAAUUUCUUAAUCUCACAGUUUCUUCUUAGCUUGUUUGUCAAUCUUAUACUUCUUGCCAACACUAUUAAAUCUAACAUAAGUGGCUUGAGCAAUUCUUAGUAGCAUACAAAACGGUUGUUCCAGUGGCAAAUUGGCAAUGACAUUUAAGUCUUUUGGAUGUAUCACAACAUUGUAAUUUUAUUAUGAUUUUGAAAUGCUCUGCAUUUCAUUCAUCAUGUGUAUGUAUAUGCUAUACAUACUAUACAAAAUAAUAAUGGGAAAUAUUUCGAUAUAUUUCAAGGGUUUUGAUUCAAUACAAAGAAUAAACUCACUUUAUAUGU